GCAUGAAUUUGUGGUGGGAAGCUUGUUGUUAGCCGACAAGCUAAGUAGUCACUCUUGUUUUAUUCCCUGACAUUAACCCUGAACCUGAACAAAACGGUGACACGGUUAAAGCUUCUAACCCAGACAAAUGGAUGUCGGAGAGCUCCUGAGCUAUCAGCCUGAUAGAGGAGCGAAGCGUCCCAGGCAGGAUGAUGGAGGAGCAGCGGGAGGAGAGGAGGACUCUCGGGGAGGGAAACAGCAGAAAGGCCUGGGUGCCAGGGAGUUGGCCAGAUACCGGGAAGUUGCCGCAGGAAUUGAAGGAGGGCUUGAGAUGAGGGAGACUGAGGAGCUGACUGGGGACAAGAAGAAGAUCCUGGAGAAACUGAUGGACCAGGAUGAAGAGGAACCUGAGGCAGAGCCGGUGGACGAGAGUUCUGUGAAGAAAAUGAUCCUGACCUUUGAGAAAAGAUCAUACAAAAAUCAGGAACUGAGAAUUAAGUUUCCAGACAAUCCAGAGAAGUUCAUGGAGUCGGAGCUGGAUCUGAACGACAUCAUCCAGGAAAUGCACGUGAUCGCCACGAUGCCAGAUCUCUACCACCUGCUGGUGGAGCUCAAUGCCGUCCACUCGCUGCUGGGCCUCCUCAGCCAUGAAAACACCGAUGUCGCCAUAGCAGUGGUGGACCUGCUGCAGGAGCUGACGGAUAUCGACACACUCCACGAGAGCGAGGAGGGUGCUGAGGUGCUCAUAGAUGCUCUGUUGGAGGGUCAGGUGGUGGCGUUGCUGGUGCAGAAUAUGGAGCGGCUGGAUGAACAGGUGAAGGAGGAAGCCGACGGCAUCUACAACACACUGGCCAUCAUUGAAAAUAUGGCGGAAUUCAGACCAGGCCUGUGUGCCGAGGCCGCCCAGCAGGGACUCAUGCAGUGGCUGCUCAAGAGAAUUAAGGCAAAGAUGCCGUUUGAUGCUAACAAGCUGUACUGCAGUGAAAUCCUGGCUAUCUUGCUGCAAAACAAUGACAAUACCAGAGAACUACUGGGUGAGAUGGAUGGCAUUGAUGUGCUACUACAGCAACUAUCUGUGUUCAAACGUCACAACCCGUCCACAGCCGAGGAGCAGGAGAUGAUGGAGAACCUCUUCGACGCUCUGUGUUCCUGCCUCAUGCUGGCCAGCAAUCGGGACCGCUUCCUCAGAGGGGAAGGGCUUCAGCUAAUGAACCUCAUGCUUAGAGAAAAGAAAAUGUCUCGAACCAGUGCUCUGAAGGUCCUGGACCACGGGAUGAUUGGACCAGAGGGAGCAGAUAACUGCCAUAAGUUUGUGGACAUCCUGGGCUUGCGGACCAUCUUCCCGCUUUUCAUGAAAACCCCCAAGAAGAUGAAGAAAACUGGCGCUUCUGAGAAGGAGCAUGAAGAACACGUCUGCUCCAUCAUCGCCUCCAUGCUGAGAAAUCUCAAGUCCCAACAGAGAAGCAGACUCCUCAACAAGUUCACAGAAAAUGACUGUGAGAAGGUUGAUCGACUGAUGGAGCUGCAUUUUAAGUACCUGGAGGCUGUUCAACAGGCUGACAAGAGGAUCGAAGGAGAGAAACAUGAGAUGGUUCGUCGCGGGGAAAUCCUGGACGACAGCAUGGAGGACGAGUUCUACCUUCGCCGCCUGGAUGCCGGACUGUUCGUCCUUCAGUUGAUCUGCUACAUUAUGGUGGAGAUCAGCAACUCUGGGAUCUCACAGCUGCAGCAGCGAGUUCAUCAAAUCCUCAACCUCAGAGGAGGCUCCGUCAAAGUAGUACGCCACAUCAUGAGAGAGUACGCAGAGAGCAUCGGCGAUGGGAAGAGUGACGAGUACAAAGAAGCUGAGCGGAAGAGGAUCAUGGACCUCGCAGACAACUUCUAACCUCUCUCUCUCUCUCUCAAACACAAACAGUAUGUUCUUCCAUGUGAGAACACUGAAAUCCCUCGGUUUUGAUCUGGGACCGACUGUGACCGUGACCUUGAGCCAGUGGUCUGUUUUUCUGUAACUAAAGUCAGUGAGGACGUUUACAUGCAGAGCUACAAAGCAAACCUUCAUUUACUUAUUUUCAUUUUUUAUCUUAUAAUCUUACCUGAAUCUUUGACAUGCAAUGUUCAGGGAAAAAAAAAAAAAGAAAAACAAACUCAGAAUUACCAGAAAAAAUGUUAAUUAAUUAGAUGUUUUAAUUAAUUAAAUCUUAUUUAUCCACUAGACGCAAUCUGUAUACAUCACAAGUAACUGGUUAAAAUCCAGUGCAAGCUGUGCAAGCGAACGUGCUCACUGCAGAGCAGUUAAGUUUUGAGCAGAAUAUUGUAGAUAAACUGACACAGUAAACAGGAGAUGUGCUGUUUACUCUCUCUACUGUGUUGUUGAACUCUGCAGGAUAAAAAAACCGGACAGACUUUGCUCUCAUCACUUUACCUGGUUUGUUUGUUUAGGAUUUUUUUUUUUGCGUGUAAAAUAUUUUCUAAUAAAACAUUUGGUAAUAAAAUCUUGA